AUGGCGAUGGACAAGACCGUGGCACUGACCAUAGCCGACUACGUGGUCAUCGUCCUCAUGUUCCUGAUUCCCAUGGGGAUUGGAAUUUGGUUCGCCUACACUGACCGGAAGAAGACCACAAGAGAUGAGUACCUGCUGGGAGGUCGCAAGAUGUCACUGUUUCCUAUCACCAUGUCCCUGUUUGUUACCUACCAGUCUGCUAUUUCUCUAAUGGGGAUUCCCAAUGAAGUCUACCAGUACGGAAUUAUGUUUCCAAUGAUUUACAUUGGAAGCAGCCUGAGUUACGUGGUCGGGUACUUCAUCAUGAUCCCUGUGAUGUAUCCACUAAGGCUGACCAGCCUGUACGAGUACCUCCUGCUACGGUUCGAAUCUCCAGCUGUCAGACUGUUUAGCACCGUGCUGGGGAUGAUCCAAACUCUCUUCUACAUGGCCGUGGCUCUUUUCUCGCCAGCUCUAGCGCUACAGACCGCGGCAGCGAUACCUCUGUGGCUGUCAGUUGUGAUCGUAGGUCUUAUUGGGACAGUGUACACGGCCAUUGGCGGGAUCAAGAGUGUGGUGUGGACUGACACUUUCCAGACUCUCGUUGUCUUCGGUGGUAUUUUUAUAAUACUUGUUACAGGUUGUGUGUCGAUUGGCAGUGUCCGCGAUAUCUGGGCCGUGGCGUACAACAGUGGGAGACUUGAUGCCACAGUCAUCAGUCCGGAUCCCAGAACUCGGCUCUCCUGGUGGGGCGUGAUAUUUGGCGCCAUGUUCAUGUGGAUGACCAACAUCUUCAACCAGUCGACGAUCCAGCGAAUCUCAUCCAUGCGCACCAAGAGAGAAGCCAGCAUCUGUUUCUUCUUGAACGUCCCCCUGAUGAUUGUCUACGGCAUGAGCCUGCUGCUUGUUGGUGUCGUCAUGUUCGCCUACUUCAGCUUCUACCAGUGUGACCCCAUUAAAGCCGGCAUUCUCACGGACGGUAACCAGAUCCUUCCCUUCUACGUCGUCCACGCUCUGCAUGACCUGCCAGGGAUGUCCGGUUUCUACAUGGGUACUCUCUUUAGUGGAGGCCUCAGCACCAUCUCCUCUGGGAUGAACGCUCUGGCAGCUAACACAGUAGAAGACAUCCUGAAGGGCCCAAUGCAUUCACUGAGGGAGAAGACCGUGACUUUAUGGACUAAAUUUUUUGUCCUUAUCUACGGAGUCAUCAUUGUUGGACUAGCUUAUGGCGCCAGUUCGAUCGAGGGACCAGUCACUCAAAUGAGCGGUUCCGUCUUCGGCGCUUGCGGAGGUCCCAUCUUCGGCAUGUUUUUGAUGGGUCUUUUGGUGCCUUGGGCUAACAAGUAUGGUGCUUUGACAGGUGGGAUAGUUGCCAUAGUCUUUAACGUCUUCCUUGCGAUAACUGGUCAACUCUAUGGAAGGAAGCCUAAAAAACUGCCCCCUGUGUCCACAGCCAAUUGCUUCAGUUACAAUAUCAGUAGGGUAUCUUCUAGUUUUGCCUUAGCAAAUACGACAUCAGUUGAUAUUUUUACCAGCACAGACAACUCCUUGAUAGAUACCAGAACACACGAAGCUGGUUUCUUUUUGUUUGAUAUAUCAUAUCUUUGGUACAGCAUCAUUGGAACUUUUGUAUCCUUAUUUCUAGGCCUUCUUGUGAGCUAUCUGACCCGAGGAUUAAUUAAGUCUACGCCAAGGCCUGAGUUACUAUUAACAUUUUCUCGUCGAUUUUGGUCACUGCCCUUGGAUGUCGAUGUUAUGAAGGUAGAUCUUAAUAGCCAGGACAAUCUUGAAAUGCCACUGAAGAUGAUAAAGCCUACAGAAAAAUACAGGAACAGCAAUUAA